ACUCCCGGGGGCGGACUCCUUUCUGCUUUGGCACUGGGUCUGUUGCAAGGAAGAGAUGGCGACGAAGGCUUGGCUGCUGGGACGGUGCGCGACGAGCUGGAGGCUGCAGACGCCGCUGUCGCCGCUCGCCCGCCUCGUUCCCCAACGGGCCCACUCGCUAUUGCCCGUGGACGAUGCAGUUAACGGGCUAAAGGAGGAACAGAAGCAGCUUCGUCAGACCAUGGCUAAGUUCCUUCAGGAGCAUCUAGCCCCCCAGGCCCAGGAGAUUGAUCGAAGCAAUGAAUUCAAGAACCUUCGAGAGUUUUGGAAGCAGCUGGGGACACUGGGAGUCCUGGGCAUUACAGCCCCUGUCCAGUAUGGUGGCUCUGGCCUGGGCUACCUGGAGCAUGUGCUGGUCAUGGAGGAGAUAUCCCGAGCCUCUGGAGCGGUGGGACUCAGUUAUGGUGCCCACUCCAACCUCUGCAUCAAUCAGAUUGUGCGCAAUGGAAAUGAGGCCCAGAAGGAGAAGUACCUCCCCAAGUUGAUCAGUGGUGAAUACAUCGGAGCCCUGGCUAUGAGUGAGCCCAAUGCUGGCUCUGACGUUGUCUCCAUGAAGCUAAAAGCAGAAAAGAAAGGAGAUUACUACAUCCUGAAUGGCAGCAAGUUCUGGAUCACCAAUGGUCCUGAUGCCGAUGUCCUUGUUGUCUAUGCUAAGACUGAUCUGGCUGCCAUGCCAGCUUCUCGGGGCAUCACAGCCUUCAUCGUGGAGAAGAGUAUGCCUGGCUUCAGCACCUCCCAGAAGCUGGACAAGCUGGGGAUGAGGGGCUCUAAUACCUGUGAACUAGUCUUUGAAGACUGCAAGGUUCCUGCUAAGAACAUUUUGGGCCAUCUAAGUAAAGGUGUCUACGUGCUGAUGAGUGGGUUGGACCUGGAGCGGCUGGUGCUGGCUGGUGGACCCCUGGGGCUCAUGCAGGCCGUCUUGGACCACACCAUUCCCUAUCUGCACGCUAGGGAAGCCUUCGGCCAGAAGAUCGGCCACUUCCAGCUGAUGCAGGGGAAGAUGGCCGACAUGUACACCCGCCUUAUGGCAUGUCGGCAGUACGUCUACAAUGUUGCCAAGGCCUGUGAUGAGGGCCACUGCACUGCCAAGGACUGCGCGGGUGUGAUUCUUUACUCAGCUGAGUGCGCCACACAGGUGGCCCUGGAUGGCAUUCAGUGUUUCGGUGGCAAUGGCUACAUCAAUGACUUUCCCAUGGGCCGCUUUCUGCGAGAUGCCAAGCUGUAUGAGAUUGGAGCUGGGACCAGUGAGGUGAGGCGACUGGUCAUUGGCAGAGCCUUCAACGCAGACUUCCACUAACCCCGAGACCUUCACCCCUCUUCUCAGCACCGAAAGGCCUUUUUUGGAAUUGGAGGUGUGGCAAGUCCUACUGCUUGGCUGCCCAGCACUGGGGGCCUCAGAGCCAGACCAGCCAGCCAGCCCAGAAAAUGCGUUCAGUGACUUAAAAUGGACACGGCAGGAAGCACAGUGGCUUUUCUGGGAUUAUUAGGAUGGGCUUCGGUGACCCUGUGCCCUUGCUCUCUAACUGCCAAGCCUGACGCACCCACCUCCCAGGGUGGUCACGUGGGGGUGGGCAGCCAGUAGCCUCUUUUUUGGCUGAGCAUCUGGCAGGGAGCCCUCUGCUCAUCUCCUUGAUCGGUGUCCGCUUCCAGAGGGGGAAAAAAUCCCAAAACAUAGCCUUUGUUUCUGGCAAUUUCUAGAGGCCUCAGUCUCCAGCAGCUUAUGAGCAGGUACCCACUUGGCACAGCCCCUGCAUCCCUCCAAGGGCUUCCUUCUUUAGGGCUGAAAUCCCACCAUCUUGGGGUAGAGCUCUGGAAAUAGGCAUCUCAAAGCGUGUGUGCCGUCCAGAGUCAACAAUGGGGCAGAGGUCGGCGUGCUUGUAAAGGAUCAGCCUGACAUUGGCUUCUGGCAGCACCUCUGAGUCCUUCAGCGCUGCAGUGCCAUCCCCACCACCCAGCCCUGGCCAUGUGACAGCCCGCAGCUGACCGGGCAACAGGCCUGCGUCGGCUGGCUCAACUCCAGCCAAGGCUGCCUGCAUACAUUUCUCUGGACACCCUGUGGCUAAUUUUGUUACAACUGCACAGCGGCUGCUGCCAUUUUAUAUUAAACAUAUUAUGAAGCAGACCCAUCUGCUUCUACAUUGGUGUUUUGGGGGAGAAGCAGUUGACUUGCUACAGCCUCCUGUCUGGCUCUAGCCCCAUGUCCUUAGUGGCUGCUCUGGGUCCUGCUCCUGCCCUCCAGUCUCCUCACAGGUGAAAGGGGAAUAUGGAUGGAAUCAUCACUUAGGAAAGAAGAGCUCUCAGCCUCCAUUUUCCAAAUUCCCGGGGAUUUUUUAAAGGAAUUUGGAAGCCCAAAGUGGUAAGAAUCUUAGAGCUAGAAGGAAGCUCAUAAAUUUUUGGAAACCAUCUCCAUGUAUUUUAAAAGAUUAAGACAGAUUUUUUCAAGGUCAGACCUGGAGCUAGAAUCAAGAGCAGUAGAAACGGGGAUUCUGAAAAUUCCCUCCGGGGGCCCCACUGCACAGCUGCCUGGAUGCAGCUUAGGGAGGACCAGGUUUGGGCUGUUCCAUUUAAGUUCUCUAAAAGAGAGAACUAGUUUUCUUGGCUCUCAGCCCAGCGAUGCCUCUUCUGACUUCUGGUCCUGGCCUGUAGCCAAGAGCUAUUCCAUACCUACCCAAGCCUAGCGCCAGUGUGAGGGGGGAAAGACCCAGGGCUUGUUGGCACUGACCCUUAACUUCUCCACUCUGCCUCCUGGUAUGUUGAUGGAUGUGGCUAAAAUGGUGGUCUUGUUGGGUUUAAAGUGUAGUUAGAACCACAUUCAGAAUGCGGUUCUUCGUCCAGUGAAGUUGAGGUACAAGGCCUGCCACCAGCUUGGGGAAAAAUUGAUUGUUCUCCUGAUGCUGUAUAUGAAAAAGAUAUGUUUAAAAAUAAAGCCAAAAAAAAAAAA